GUGAUCAUCUCUUGAGGCAUAGGGACGUGUAUGCCAAGACUAAAAAAAUCGGUUACUGGCGGGAAAGUUUUACGCGCGAACUUACUUUAUUUUAUAAACAUUUUUGACAGUUUUAUUUUUAAUAAAAUAAAAUUAUACUUAAAUAAACAGAAGUGUUUAUGGAUAUUCUUAUUAUUUUUGUUGGUGUAAUGAAAGAAAAAUCAUUAAAUUACGUGUGACAAGUUGGUUUAUAUUAAAAUUGUUUUGGAUUUCAUGAGUGUUGUGUCUGUGUUUUAAAAAAUAUGGCUGAUGUGGAGAAUACCGGCGGGAAAGACGCCAUUAAAGAAGAUGAGGAGGAAGGUACAGAGCUAGAGCUGGAGGCGCUGUACAGAAGAUACUGCGUGCGACUGAAACACGCGCUGUUCGUGUCGGCUCUCUGUGUCACACUGUUCUGUUGUGUGUUCCUAUUGUGCGCAGUCUUCAUUCUGCAUUCACAUGAACUGUACAUGCAAACCAAAGCGAUCGCUUCACUAUCGGUUAUAACGUUCGUGCUAUCGAUAGUGUUGUGCCUCGCUUUGUUACCGGCGGCUCCAGAAUGGGAGGCUCUGGCUCUAGCUGGCUCUCUACUGGUCACUGUGAGCCUCGGCGCUGGUACGCUGAUGGCUACUCACCAUGCGCCGUUGCCGCUCUUCGCGCUUAUUUUGAUGGUGCACACAAUGAUGCCUAUAGCUAGACCCAUAGCCCUGGCCAUGUCGGCUGUCCUCACGUUGGCCUACAUUGGCCUGGCUUUGGGAGUCCGGCCUGAGGGCGAAGAAACACAGUUUUAUCAGCAGCUGGUCUGCGAGCUAGCCCUCUUAAUAUCAGCCAGUGGCAUCGGCCUGUACUACCGAGCUUUAACAGAAAGGGCACAUAGGAACACCUUCGCUGGCACCAGGACCUGCCUGGAACAGCGAGUGAAGCUGGAGUGUGAGAGAGAGCAACAGGAACGAUUGCUUCUCUCUGUCAUACCUGCGUAUAUUGCUGCUGAGGUAAAACGCUCAAUAAUGCUCAAAAUGGCAGACGCCUGUGCUGACAGCUCUAAGCAGACGAGGUUCCACGAGAUGCACGUGCAGAGACACAACAACGUCAGCAUAUUGUACGCAGACAUCGUCAACUUCACGCCCCUGUCGGAGCGACUCAGUGCUUCAGAUCUUGUGAAGACCCUCAACGAACUGUUUGGAAGAUUCGACCAGAUCGCUCAGGAGAACCAGUGCAUGCGUAUCAAGAUCCUGGGUGACUGCUACUACUGCGUGUCUGGCCUGCCGGUCUCCAGGCCCAACCACGCGUACAACUGCGUCAAUAUGGGCUUGCAGAUGAUUGAUGCUAUACGGUUUGUAAGAGAAGCAACGGGCUUCAACGUGGACAUGCGCAUAGGCAUACACACUGGUAACGUGUUGUGCGGCGUGCUCGGGCUGCGCAAGUGGCAGUUUGAUGUCUGGAGCGAUGACGUCACGCUGGCCAAUCACAUGGAGUCUGGCGGUAUUGCUGGACGCGUCCACAUAACCAAAGCGACUCUUCUCCAACUGGGAGGCAGGUUUGACGUGGAGCCUGGAGACGGCGCUUCCAGGGAAGGAUACUUAGCUGACCACAAAGUGGAGACAUACCUCAUAGUUCCUCCGAAGAAAGUAUCAGAAAAUGGUCGCCUCUCCGUCUGCACCGUGGAUCGGAAAGCAAGCAUUGUAUCUUCACUGUACCAGGACAUUUCUCCCACGAAACCAAGAGACAACAUCAGUCCAGCUCCUUCGCAGAACAGUUUCAAUGAAAUGGAGACUUUCCCCCACAGGGUUCUAAGGACCGAGUCGCUUAGGACUACUGGAGACCUCAGCAGACGAGCAUCAGUAAAGGUGGUAGCUUUCGACAACAAUCAGGCGACAAGUCCUGGUGAUGGACUUGGUAAUGGCAGCGUGGUCACUGCUCAUAAACCGAAGAGCCGGAGCGGGUCUAUCAUUGGAGCGAUUAGUCCUAUUAUGGGAACAGCGACUCCUGGUGUCCCCACGCGAUCCCGUCCAUCCAGCAAGAUGACCAAGUACGUGGAGUGCUGGGGCGCAGACAAACCCUUCGCGAACAUCACUGACUCCACGCUUGCCAAGAAUAUUGGAAUAUCUAGUUUAGCGAUGAUAGAACAGAAUCUACUUCCACAGAGGACAACUUGUUGUGACUGCAGUACUAAUUCUGAAGGCAUGAAUCGUGUCACAUUGUGGUUCAAGAGCAGUACCCAAGAGCGUCAGUACCGCAACCAAUCAGACGCGCAGUUUAAGUACAACGUCGCCUGCGCAGCUGCACUAUUCGCUGUACUGGCAUUCAUACAACUUCUCACUGUGCCUAAAGGCGUUGUUCUGUACGCAUCGUUUGGUCCGACCUUCUUCACGUUGAUGGUGUUCGUGUACCUAUCCUGGUACGAUGGCAGAAUGCUAACCCGAGGAUUGAGGCCGAUAUCCGAUGUACCGGACGAUUUAUAUGCUGAUAACUGCACGAAACCUGGACAGGUGGUCGCCAAUAAUAGAUUCAUUAGGCUAACAAUGUUCGUAGUGUCGGUUCUUUUAAUAGGCGCGUGCGCAGUCAUUAAUUUGUUCCAGUCGUUCGUGAUAGUAGACUACCCGAUGUACCUCCGCAGUAACGCGUCAAACCUUUCCGAGUAUAAUAACCUCACUGAUGACGUGUCCAUGAGCGGGAUGCAUAUCUACAACGAUGUCGAUUCUGCACCUAGCUAUCUAUACAGUUCAGUUCUGACCCUGGCUUCGAUAUCAGUGUUCCUUCGAGUGGGGUUCGUGCUGAAACUAGCUCUAAUGUUACUGACGUUGGUCUCACACAUCACGCUGUUUGCCUCCGCUGAGCUCUUCUACGAGUACCAGAAGAAGGAUUUGGAGAAUGAGUUCACAAUGCUAGCAUACGCCACUAAAGCCGGCAUGGUCCUGGUAUUCCUGGCGGCUCUCCUGCACAUCCUGGACAGGCAGAUAGAGUUCACGUCGAGGACCGACUUCCUAUGGAAAGACAAGCUGAAGUUCGAACAGGAAGAAGUGGAAACUAUGAGGGGAAUUAAUAAAAUUCUUCUAGAAAACAUACUCCCUGCUCACGUGGCAGAGCAUUUCCUAACAUUUGUGGCAUCAGAGGCAGAGUUAUACCACGAGAGGUAUUCUACUAUAGCUGUGAUGUUUGCGUCGAUACCGAAUUAUAAAGAGUUCUACGAUGAGAAUGACGUCAACAAGCAAGGGUUGGAGUGCUUGAGGUUGCUCAAUGAAAUUAUAUGCGAUUUUGAUAAGUUACUAUUGAAGCCUAAAUUUAGUUGUAUAGAGAAGAUAAAGACGAUAGGAAGCACAUACAUGAUUGCUUCUGGUUUGAGGCCAGGGAAGGAGGAGCAGAAUGAUGUGACGAGUAAAGAGGAGCACACGGUAGCUAUACUGGUGGAGUUCGCGAUAGCUCUCAUGACGAUACUCGACCAGAUCAACAGGGAGUCCUUCCAGAGAUUCAAACUUAGGAUAGGUCUGAACCACGGCCCAGUGAUAGCGGGUGUGGUGGGAGCUCAGAAGCCCCAGUACGAUAUCUGGGGCAACACUGUCAAUGUGGCGUCCAGGAUGGACUCCACUGGCAUCAUGGGCAGGAUACAGGUCACUGAGGAUACUGCUAAGGUCCUAAUGAACGCAGGCUACACCUGUGAAUGUCGAGGCCCAACCUAUGUGAAGGGCAAAGGCACUCUAACAACAUACUUCGUGAAAACACCCAAUGUCGGUGGAGGACAAUAAGCAGGGUCAUUAGGACCAUCGACCUCAAUGACUCUUGGGAUAUUUGAAAACCAAGGAACGUCUUUGAGGAUGAUCAUAGUAGGAGGAUGGUUGCAUCGAAGAAGGAAUGAUGAAUAUUGAGAAACAACACGAAGAGAAUCAGGGUCUAGAAGAGUGUAUUGAGAUAAAGGAACAUCGAUAGAUAGUGAUUUCAACUGAAUAAAAUUAUGAGUGUUCGACAAUGAAAUUAAAAUAUGAAAAUGAAAUUAGUCAACAUAAUCCGAUGGAAUAAUAGUAAAAAAUAAAGUGAAGCGAAAGAUAAAAUAAUAAGUUUACAAAACUAGUAUGAUUAAUAAUUUAUUUGUGUAGAAAAUGAAAUUAAUAUUUUGUAAGUAAAUAUGGUUUGAAAAGUGAUAUCGUCAAUAUUGUAACUGUUGAUGUAGGUAUUUUAUUGUAACACAUACCGUAACUACAUACUUACUUAGAGUGUCAAACCAACUUUAAUUCUCCACGUAGGUACAUGUACAUCUACUACUAGUUACUUAGGACAGUAUUAAAAUUAAUGCAAUACCUUCGACUUUAGAAUCAAUGUUAAAAUAACUAGUACAUUUUAGUGUUAGGCCUAACUAAAUCGAUACUCAAUUUUGUAAAAUAUAAGUAUGGCCAACACUCACACCUAAAAUAUGUCAUUGUAUAGUUGUAUCUAUUUAUUUUUGACAAACAUUAUAAUAUAUGUAAAUAUACGUAUUAUUUAUAUAGAAUACAUUUAUUAUUUACUUCACUAGUGCAUAAUAACUUAUGUUCUGGUAUACGUAGCUACGAUUACUGCUAUAAAAA